CUGGUUCGGGGGCGCGCAGCCUUUCGGCCCCUCGAGGAGGCGGCGCGCCCGAGAGGAGGCGGUGCGCGUGGACAUGGCCGGCGGCGGUCGCUCUCGCGGCCCGAAGAGAAAAAGAAAUUGGAAUAUAGAAUACUCAUCCUUUCCGGGAGAGAGUCCAUUGAAGUUCAGAAGAGCAGGUCUCAGGACAGUGGGGGCAGCUGCUUCCCUCUCUGAAGCAUGGCUGAGGUGUGGAGAAGGAUUUCAGGACGCUUCUGGGACUCUGUCAUCAACAGCUGAGAAGAAGACUAUUACAGAAAAGUACCUUGAAUUAUCACCUAGGCCCAAAAAAGAAACUGUUACAUCUCAGAGUACCAGUGGACUUAGAGAUUUAACACAGAGUUUCAGUGGAAGUGAUCUGUCAGAUGAAGAUGAACUGCAGUUCAUCGACUGGGAGAUUGACAGUGACAGGGAAGAUAUUAGUGAAUGUAACGAAUUUGAAGAUGAUGAGAGUGCUGUGGAAAUAUCGGACUGUGCUUCUUGUGCAAGCAGUCAUUCUUUGACAAGUGAAGAGAGGCUAUCUGAGCUUCCUAAGGCAAGUUCUACAGAUAUUUUGGAGUAUUCGUCAGAUAGUGAAAAAGAAGAUGACUUAGAGAAUGUCUUGGUCAUUGAUUCAGAAUCCUCUCGUGAAUACCACAUGGAUUUUGGAUCAGAUGGAAGACAGGUUAUGGAGAGACUGAAAAACCCAAGGGUGAAAUCUACAGAGACCAUUUUGUAUACACCCCAGAAACAGGCAAAGUUCCCUAGGACUCCAGAAAAGUCAGCAAAGAAGAAAAAGCUUUUAAGAGGCGGGCUAGCAGAAAGACUGAAUGGACUGCAGAAUCGAGAGAGAUCUGCCAUUUCUUUGUGGAGACAUCAGUGUGUUUCUUACCAAAAGACACUUUCAGGUAGAAAAUCUGAUAUAUUAAUUGUGAAAAUUCUAGAGCUACAUGAGGAAUGCUCCAUCCAAAUUGCCAUAUGUGAGCAGUUAGUGGAGCUGCAGGCUGACAGCCCUUCUCAAGGUGAGGCCCCUGGGACUAGCCUGAAGGUUCUCUUCACCAAGGAGACUGCACACUACCUCAGGGGACAUCCCCAAGACAUCGUCCAUAUCUACCCUCCCUGGCAAAAGCUUAUUAUACCAAAUGGAAGUUUCCCUGUUAUUCUGAAUACUUAUUUUUGUCAGAAAGUUGUUGCCAAAGAAGAUUCAAAAACAACACAUGAAAUGCACUGUUGGGACGUACCCCUUCCAAGAAGAAACAUCACUUUAGCCCAGAUGUUUAGAUUUAAGAGUCCAACAAAUAAUUCACCUGAAAACCAGGUUAUGUGUAGUGGUCUCACCGCCAUGGGGACACACUGGACCCACGGGCACAAAGAAGCAAAACAGCACUACCCAGCUCAGGCUCCCCUGAGGGAUUCUCUCCUGGAUGCAGUAGAAAACCAAGGAGCCACCACAUUGUCAGGAGGCGGAGUCCGAGUGGUGGUGCAGAGAGUGUACUCUCUUCCCUGCAGGUGUCAGCAGGGAGGUGGCUCAGCUGCUUCCCCAGGCUCAGACCCACCUAAAGUUCGAGUCUGCCUUCUCGUACAGGAUGCCUAUGGAAUGUUUGGUGAAGUAUACUCAGAGGGCACCAUCUUGAAGAAUAGACAAUUGGAAGGGAAGUCCUGCAGACUGGCAGGAAUGAAGGUUCUACAAAAGGCCACCAGAGGAAGGACAGCAGGACUUUUCAGUUUGAUUGACAUCAUGUGGCCUCCAGUGAUAUCUCUGAAAGCAGCUGGCUACACCCAGGCCUGUGAAGAGCAGGUAAAAGCUCAUCUCCCUCCUCCUAGCUUCUGUUACGUCCUCACUGCUCAUCCAAAUCUGGGACAAAUUGAUAUAAUUGAAGAAGACCCCAUUUCUAAGCUUUACCGGCCUCCAAUUCCUCACUGCUUAAGAGAAAUUCUCCAGACUGAUGAUCUCAGUACCUGUUGCAGUUUCUAUGCCAGAGUGAUUUAUCAAAGACCACAGCAAAGGGAGAUUUGUCUGGUGGUGACUGAUGUCACCCUGCAAAUGCAAGAUGAGAAUAACUCUGGCCUCCCCAAAACCGUCCCAGUCUGUGUGGCCUCCUCAUGUGUACUGGACCCAGAAGUCCUGGAAGCGCUCAGUGAGGCUGCCCCCCACACCUUCCUCUUCAAGGAUGCUCUCCGAGACCAGGGUCAGAUUGUUUGUGUUGAACGAACUGUCCUCAUGCUUCAAAAGCCACUUUUGGGUGUGGCCUCUGAUGCUUGCUCCUGUGAGCUGACUGGCCCUGUGAAGCUCGAUGAACUGGAUUCUGUUACUCAGGUCAACUCCAUUUGCAGCGUUCAAGGCGCUGUGGUUGGUGUGGACGAGAGCACUGCCUUCUCGUGGCCUACGUGUGACCUGUGUGGCAACGAGAGAUUAAAACAGAGCCCAGAAGACAGAGGCGCCUUUUCCUGUGGGGACUGCUCCCGUGUGGUCACCUCUCCUCUUCUCAGAAGACACCUGCAGGUCUUCCUGGACUGCCCCUCGCGACCCCAGUGCACAGUGAGGGUCAAGCUGCUGCAGAGCAGUAUUGCUUCACUCCUGAGGUUUGCCGCCUGCGAUGAUGGGACUUAUGAAGUGAAGAGUGUCCUCGGAAAGGAGGUGGGGUUGUUAAACUGUUUCGUCCAGUCCAUAACCACCCAUCCGACCAGCUGCAUUGGAUUGGAGGAGAUUGAGCUCCUGAGUGCAGGAAGAGCCUCUUCAGAACACCGUCAGUUGCCAUAGGAUCUGUGAACUUUGCAAUGUGGCUGCAGGGGGGGUGGUGGUGGUUUUUGGUAGUUAUUUGUUAACUAUGGGCAGAGUGAACAUAUUUUAUGAUCUUGAAAUGGAACUUAGAUUUUUCUAGGGCAAAUGUUAAGUAAAAUGGUUUUGUGAACUAUAAAUCAAAAUACUUUUCUCUAUGGUUAUAUAUUUUUUAUUAUCUUUCUGCAAAUUUAGGAACAUGUUAUUAAAGCUUAAAUAAGCUUGAGGUCUUUACUUUGUAUUAUAGCAGAAAAAAGUAUUUUGUUCAAUUGUAAUUUUUCAGUGUUUAAAAUUUUACCAUGAUUCAACACGUUUUUCUUGUAUUUAACAUUCCUCCAAGGAAUACCCUGCAAAGCUUAAACCUUUGUCCUACAUUGUGAUAUUUCUCUACAAUAAAUGUCCAAACUAAGCAUUUUGCAGUUCAAUAUUUUUGGGAAAAUGUUCUGGGAAACUAUGUCAGAGGUAAAACUGUUACCCAUAAAGUGUAGGUAAAUUAAUGGGUGUGAUUAUAGCAACACUGCACAGAUAAUAGCAAAGCUGCACAGGCAGCUCACCCUAGAUAGGCCUGUUUAACCAUGCUGCCUCCUGUGCACUGUGCACAGAGCACCCAGAUUACAGACUCAAGAGGGGUGGGUGGUUAUCAUUUGCUUUGUUGGCAGAGAUUUAAAUUACACCUAAAACCAUGAAUUAACUAUCUUUGGACACUAAAGAUUUUGUUUCUUAUAACAAUAUAAUCACCACAGGCCAUAGUUAAUUCAUUACAUAAGACAGACGUAGAAGGGGGGAAAGUAAACGGCUUUAUCCAGAUUAAGCUUUGAAACAUUACGAUUACCAGCAAGACAGCCGGGUGUAAGUAGCUUUGUGACUGUCCUUUUCAUCUACAAAUGCACUUUGAAAAUUCUGAAGCUGGCCCUGAGACCGAGGAAAGCAAAGUCCCAUGAACGCCAAAGAGGAUUCCAACGUGCUUUUGGGAUAACCUGACCCCUCCUCUACCCCCUCACCUAAGGUUAGGGAGCUCUUCGCUGGUCUCAACAGGGCCCCCAAAUCAGCUGCAGGGCCAGUUGACCAGCCAGCCCCCUUCCUGAGUCUGGCUAUUUUUCGGGGACCAGCUUCCACGGAAAAGCUGCUAGUUUAACAUGAGCUUAGUCGUGCUUCCCCGAUCUUAGCCAAGUUAAAUAAAACAUUUAGAAGAAGACUUUGGCACGUUCCAAAG